UUAGCCAAACCCAUUCCACAUGCAGGAAGACCAAGUUUAAUGAAACUACUGUGGUCUCCAUCUGCAUGGACCAGAUACUGACACUGAGACAACAAGGGGGACGGUGACUUCACUCACACGCCUGGAGGGCUGAUUUCCUGGGGGGAGGGCUCAGGGCCUGAGGGCACGUACGUGAGAACCUCCCACCAGAGUCCCGACCGCACAGUUUGACUCUACGCCAGAGCCGCGGUCUGGAGCCUGGUCAGGGCUGGCAAAGAGCUUUCAGCUUCCGUUGGUGCUAGCAGCCGCCCACAGGACCUUGUUGUGAAAGAUCCCGGAGCCGUGAUUGGGCUUCCCGGGAAAGAAUGUGUGGAUUGAUUCGCCGUGUGUGUGACGGGCAAGAGAAGGGAGAGAGAGGCGCACAUGCUGUGUGUGCCGUGGGUGAUCACUCCACCUCAGCGGGUGGGAGAUGGUCCUUUCCCUCCCUUGCAGGCUGUGCCAGCCCAGAGCUGCCGUCCAGAACUGUGGGACAGGCAAGGCUGUGGACUUAGCGUCACCGGCUCCCUUUCGGAAGCAGACUCCUCAGCCACUUGGUCUUCAAGGUGCCUUCCAGUCCGUAUGCUAAAUUCCCAAGUGUUUGCUGAUAACUUCCGAAAGGGAGCGAUUUCCAUGGGCCUUCCAUAAUAUCGGGAAUGACUUUCUCAUGGAGGAAUUAGAGAUACCCAUGCCAGGUGGUAAGGGAGAGCCAUUCAUUUCAUUCAUGCAGUCGCUCAUUCAUGAGAGAGGGAAGGGGAUAGAGGGAAUGAGAGAGAGAGAUGAAGAGAAGUAUCGCUAUGAGAAUCUGGCUUGCCCAUCAACAGUAUAUGAAGGUGUCUGUUUUAUCGCAUCUUCACACUCACUGGGUGUUCUCAUUUUUUCAACAUGUCACCCACUUGCCAGGAGCAAUGUGGGCUUUUGUUGUUGUUUUAGUUGCCGUUCCUUCAUUCCCUAGAGAGGUUGGGCAUUUUGCUGUUUGCACAUUGGUCCUGUUGGAUCUCCUUUUUUGCAAAUAUUCCUCCUCCUUCUGUACUGGUCUUGAAGGCGAAACCAGAUUCAGGGCCUCCAGGAGAAUGUGCGGAAGCUGCCGAAGCUGCCCAGCCUGUCCCCACUUGCCAUCAAGCACCUGUGGAUCCGCACUGCUUUGUUUGAGAAGGUCCUGGACAAAAUUGUGCAUUACCUGGUGGAAAACAGCAGUAAAUACUACGAGAAGGAAGCCCUCCUGAUGGACCCGGUGGAUGGCCCCAUCCUUGCGUCUUUGUUGGAUCCAGAAGAGACAUUCAAGUGGCAGCAUGGACGACCGACCAUCCCUUUCUGCCCGUGACUAUGUUGAGUCCCUGCACCAGAACUCCCGGGCCACGCUCCUCUAUGGCAAGAACAACGUUCUGGUUCAGCCGAGGGAUGAUAUGGAGGCCGUGCCAGGGUACCUGUCUCUACACCAGACAGCUGACGUCAUGACCUUGAAAUGGACGCCUAACCAGCUGAUGAACGGGUCGAUGGGGGACCUGGACUAUGAGAAGAGCGUCUACUGGGACUAUGCCAUGACCAUCCGCCUGGAGGAGAUUGUAUACCUGCACUGCCACCAGCAAGUGGACAGCGGUGGGACAGUGGUGUUGGUCAGCCAGGACGGGAUCCAGAGGCCGCCGUUCCGCUUCCCCAAGGGGGGGCACCUCCUGCAGUUCCUCUCGUGCCUGGAAAAUGGGCUGCUCCCCCAUGGGCAGCUGGACCCUCCACUCUGGUCUCAGCGGGGGAAGGGCAAAGUAUUUCCCAAACUGCGUAAGCGAAGCCCUCAGGGUUCUGCCGAGUCCACGUCUUCGGACAAGGAAGAUGACGAGGCCACAGAUUACGUGUUCAGGAUCAUCUAUCCCGGCAUGCAGUCUGAAUUCGUUGCUCCCGACCGCUUGGGCAGCACUCCCCCGGUCUCCGUGAGCCCUGCCUGGACGGUGGUUCCUGCUGGCCGGUCGGUGCUAGUGGUGGCCAGGGGCAGUCAGUGGGCACGAGCCAGAUGGGACACCACCUUCCCCGUGCCGGGUCCGAAGCAGCAGCUCCCCACCCCCCAGGACCUGAUGGAUGUCUCCGUGAGCAACCUACCACCCUUGUGGCAACCCAGCCCCCGGAAAUCCUCCUGCUCAUCCUGUUCACAGAGUGGCUCCGCCGAUGGUGGCUCAACCAAUGGCUGCAACCAUGAGAGGGCUCCCCUGAAGCUCCUCUGUGACAAUAUGAAGUACCAGAUCCUUUCCAGAGCCUUCUAUGGAUGGCUUGCCUACUGCAGACACCUGUCCACUGUGAGGACCCACCUGUCAGCCCUGGUCAAUCACAUGAUCGUGUCUCCAGACUUGCCCUGUGAUGCCGGACAUGGGCUGACGGCCAGGAUCUGGGAGCAGUACCUUCAGGACAGCACAAGUUAUGAGGAACAGGAGCUUCUACGCCUCAUCUACUAUGGAGGCAUCCAGCCGGAGAUCCGCAAGGCCGUGUGGCCCUUCCUCCUGGGCCACUACCAGUUCGGGAUGACAGAAACAGAAAGGAAGGAGGUGGACGAGCAGAUUCACGCGUGCUACGCACAGACCAUGGCUGAAUGGCUGGGCUGCGAGGCCAUCGUGCGGCAGAGGGAGCGGGAAUCCCACGCGGCUGCCUUGGCUAAAUGCUCAUCAGGGGCCAGCCUGGACAGCCACCUGCACCGGAUGAUGCACCGGGACUCCACCAUCAGCAAUGAGUCCUCCCAGAGCUGCAGUUCAGGCCGCCAGCACAUCCGCCUGCAGAGCGACUCCAGCAGCAGCACGCAGGUGUUUGAGUCUGUGGACGAAGUGGAGCAGGUGGAGGCAGAAGGCAGGUUGGAGGAGAGACAGCCCAAGAUCCCCAACGGGAACCUGGUGAAUGGCACCUGUUCGCCGGACUCUGGCCAUCCGUCAUCCCACAACUUCUCCUCGGGCCUCUCGGAGCCCUCGGAACCCAGCCUGAGCACGGAGGACAGUGUCAUGGACGCCCAGCGGAAUGCCCCUCUGGUGCUUCGACCUGGGGACAGCAGCGUGGAUGACGGGCAGAGCAGUGAGGCCACCACCUCCCGGGAUGAGGCCCCCCGCGAGGACCUGGCCGUGCAGGACAGCCUGGAGAGCGACCUCCUCGCCAACGAGAGCAUGGACGAGUUCGUGUCCCUCACUGGCAGCAUGGAUGUGGCCCUGCCCGGAAAGGAGGGGGCCGCGAUGGAGGGCUGGGGAGACAGUGAGGUGGGGAAGCACAGCCGUGUGGACAGUGAGGACAACCUCUCAGAGGAGCCCGAGAUGGAAAGUCUCUUCCCCGCCCUGGCCUCUCUGGCCGUGGCCACUUCUGCCAACAACGAGGCGUCCCCCGUGUCUUCCAGUGGCGUCACUUACUCUCCAGAGCUCCUGGACCUGUACACCGUCAACCUGCACCGCAUCGAGAAGGACGUGCAGCGCUGUGACCGCAGCUACUGGUACUUCACGCCCCCCAACCUGGAAAAGCUGCGGAACGUCAUGUGCAGCUACAUCUGGCAGCACAUUGAGAUCGGCUAUGUCCAGGGCAUGUGUGACCUCCUGGCUCCACUGCUGGUCAUCCUGGAUGACGAGGCCCUGGCCUUCAGCUGCUUCACGGAGCUCAUGAAGAGGAUGAACCAGAACUUUCCCCAUGGGGGCGCCAUGGACACGCACUUUGCCAACAUGAGGUCGCUGAUCCAGAUUCUGGACUCCGAGCUCUUUGAGUUGAUGCAUCAGAACGGUGACUACACUCACUUCUACUUCUGCUACCGCUGGUUCCUGCUGGAUUUCAAGCGAGAACUUGUCUACGAUGACGUCUUCUCUGUCUGGGAGACCAUCUGGGCAGCCAAGCACGUCUCGUCCGCCCACUACGUCCUGUUCAUCGCGCUGGCUCUGGUGGAGGUCUACCGUGACAUCAUCUUGGAGAACAAUAUGGACUUCACAGACAUCAUCAAAUUCUUUAACGAAAUGGCUGAGCGGCACAACACCAAACACGUCCUGAAGCUGGCUCGGGACCUCGUGUACAAGGUGCAGACUCUGAUUGAGAACAAGUGAGGGCCACCUCACCCCGGCCCUGUCAGCCGUGCCGCCACCCACCUGUCCAGCCCGCUUUUCCUCCCGGCUGCCCCGGGAGCGAGGUCCUGGUGUCUGUUCAUGAGCAUGGACUUCUAUGCAGAGAGAAACUGCCCCAACUUUGGCCACCAGGCAGGUGGGGUCGAGGGUUUGCCCCUUGAGUUCAGCCUUACGUUUUCCUGUUUGACCAAAGAUUGUCCAAGUCUGGGAUUUCUCCCUUGUGGGAGUUGGGGUACGUCAGUGGAUGGAGGGAACAGUUUCAUUUGUGGUCUCCAGAAUGGUUGCCUCUGUCUUAUUCUGUCCCAACCCCUCCAAACUGUUCAGUCAGGGGAGACUUGGGGAAGGAGUUUUUCUUGGGGAACUAGUGUAGGAGAGGUCUGUGGGGCUACCUCUAUACUCUGAAAGGGGCCUCUGGAGAUGUUCCAGAACAUGGCCGGCAGGCAGGCUUGGAGCAGAGUUUCUGCACCUCCCUCGGCGCUGUUGACGUGGUGCUGGGUGAACCGUCUUCUGAGAGGGGUCGUCCUGUGCAUUGUUGAAAGGUAAGCAGCAUCGCUGGCCUCUGCCUGCAAGAUGCCAGUAGCGCCCCCUCCCCAACCCAGCUGUGACAACCCGAAGGGUUUGCAGAUCUUGCCACAUGUCCCCACUUGAGAACCAGUGGCAUAGAGGAGGGGCUGCAAGUGUAUCUCUUUCCCCCCCUUUUGUUUAACCACCUGCUCCUGAGGCUUUCUCCCACUUAGAAAAGGCACACAGGAGUCCACAUCUCUCUCGGGACUUGGAUUCUGUUUGUUGUGGUCUCUCAUUUUUUUUCUCCUCCACCUGACCCCAGGAGAGACUUCUUUCCUUCUUUUCAAGAAAGCCUCUCCCUGAGAGGCUCCCCAGAGAGGGAGGGAAGGGCGGAACAGUGAGAAGUGUGGUAGGUGUGAGUUAGCCCGAGGUCCCACCCAAAGCCCUCCAGACAUGGUGGAGUCCACAUCCCUUUCUUCACCUCCUAGGGAAGAUCUCGCCUCUCGUUCUGCACUUUGGGUCUGAUGCUCCAGAAGUUUGGAAGGUGUGUGUGAGUGGCCGCCACUUCAAGGGAGGUGGGGGAAGCUGGCUUUUCCCUAGGUGCCUUUGAUCACUCAGGACAAAGGAAGAACAGGAAGGCAGAGGUCCACCAGAGUAGACUGUGAUGGGUGUUUUCCUUGGAAAAUAUGCUGAUGAACUGGCCCCCGGAACAUGGAUGGCUAAGUCUGGAAGCGGUCCCCUCCGGGUCUUCACACAAAGGGUCGCCAGUCACAAACAGACCCCGAGUUAGCUGGUUCACCCUGCCUACCUGUCCUUUGAUAGAGCAGUCCUGCCAGCUCUUUUCUGAGAACACACAUGGGAGAAACAGAGUCAGGUUGGAAGGCUUCUCCCCAGAAUGGAAGGUAGGAUUUUGGAGAGGGGAGGAGACUCAUAAGCACAAGGAAGCAUUCACAGAGAGGGUACAUUAGUCCUCUGUCCUGAGCAAACCAGGAGGGGGAGGAACCCCUACCCUGCGUGCUUGUGAAGGCUCGCCCUUGGGCCCCAGUGCCUUCAACUGCAUCCCAACCCCCCAGCCCCCCACAUGGGGCCUCCUGAGCAGGACAGACGAGACCUAAGUGUCCCUUGCCUCUGAAGAAUGUGCUCCGUGAAAAUUGCACCUCCUGGCUCUGGUCCCCCACCUUCCCAAGAUGAGGAAAACACAUCCAGAUCAAAGUUUUCCUAGCCACUCAGCUCUUUGUUACAGAGGACAUUAUUUUAGCAAGACCCGGGUCCCAGACCUUCCGAUUCUGAUUUAUUUUUCUCGACAGACUAGUCCCAAAGUAUACACAAUCUCUUCUCCGCCUUCUCUCGUGGUGUUCCAGAGAGGUGUCCGUGGUUGUGAUUUGGAACAACUCCUAUUUGUUCAGCUUACAGUGUUUAUUUUGGUCUCCGUACAUCGUGCGUCCUUGUGUCCGGGAAUCGAGUGCGUGGGAGUCAUUCUGUCCGUGGAGUGCCCUCCUCCUUCUCUCAGUGUUGCCAACAUAUCUUGUAACUGUUUACUGAAGAGUUGUGUCUAUAGAGAGAGAAAAUAUAUAUAAACAGAGAAAUGUG